UUCCGGGUCACUGGCACCGGGCUGCGGUUUCCGCGGCCGAGGAGGUGGUCGCAGCGGGCUCCCUACCUGGCUCUGCUACCGCCGUGGCGGAAGCGCCUUCCCUCAGGACAUCAAUGCAAGCCUGAAGAAAAAGUAAUUGCUUCCUUUUAAGCCAUGGCAUAUCAGUUAUACAGAAAUACAACUUUGGGGAACAGUCUUCAAGAGAGCCUUGAUGAGCUCAUACAGUCUCAACAGAUCACCCCCCAGCUUGCCCUUCAAGUUCUACUUCAGUUUGAUAAAGCUAUAAAUUCAGCAUUGGCUCAGAGAGUCAGGAACAGAGUCAAUUUCAGGGGCUCUCUAAAUACAUACAGAUUCUGCGAUAAUGUUUGGACUUUUGUAUUGAAUGAUGUUGAAUUCAGAGAGGUGACAGAACUUAUUAAAGUGGAUAAAGUGAAAAUUGUAGCCUGUGAUGGUAAAAGCUUUUAA